AUGCCACAGGGUCGAAGUAAAAGUUUAAGUUUUAGUCAAGUAAAUGAACAAAGUGGAUUAAGUACUCUUUCUUUGAAUCAAAUGAAAAUUGACAAGAAAACAAAACAAUCUGUUUAUUAUAUUUGUCAUGUUUGUAUACUUAAUCGUAAAGAAGUCAGUCUAAACGAUGAAAUGAAUCAACAAAAAGCGGAAGACUUAAUACAAAAACAUAUAAAGAAACGUGUAGCUCAUUGUAACCUAUUUUGUCUACAAGAUCAAAUUCGGCUGGAGAAAUCAAAACAGUGCGGAUCUAAUCCACCAAGAAAAUUUAUAUUAUACAAACAUAUCAAAUUUAUGCAUUUAUCUGAACAUAUACCAUACACGUUUGUUUUGUGUACAGAAUUUGAAAAAGCUAAGUGUAAAUUUUAUGAGGUUUAUAAAUGCAAACUAUCACAAGAUGCUAAAAUGCUAUUUGUACUUAUACAGAAGGCGCUGAAUGACUCAGAAUACCUGUUGAGAGAAGAACUUAAAUAUCCUAAAACAUCAGUUGGUUCUCAGUGUAGCUUACUUUAUUAUAACUAUAACCAUAACAAUGACCAUAUUUAUGAUUCUAGACGGCAGUGUGUGUUACCGCUGGGUGGAUCGUUACCAAGAAAUAGCAUAACUGGUAUCACUUCAAAUAUCUAUGUGGAACAUUCAAAUGAAUUGAUACAAAAACGACAAGGCGAUUUUGUGUCACGUAAUGAUUAUACUAGUCAGUCAAUGGAGUUAUUAGAAAACUUGAAUAGUGCAUAUAAAACAGCUAAUGGAAAUCUUAACAGUGAUAAUACAUGGCAAGUAUCUAUGACACUGUUACAAACAGAUUUUAUUAAAGGUCCACGAAUCAACGACACUGGUCCAAUUUACAUGUUUGUGGCACGACAAAUAAAGUAA